UUAAAAAAAUGUUUUCUUUACUAGUUUCAAGGCAUCGUUUUGGAAGGAAUGGAUAUCGGGAACCGUCGAUUAUCGGAACUUAUAAGUCGUACAGGAAAAAGUUAAAAUUGUCUUUUUUAUGUGAUAUAAUAUUAUGUUACGUAUGUGGAAAAACUUAAAAUCAUCUUUGCAUGUGACGUAUAAUAGGCUGUUGUGUAUGUUAUGUAUGUCAGCAGCUUGUGUGCCCAGGAACAGCUCUUAGAGGCUCAGCUGAAGAACUAGAGACCGUGGGACCUCCAGGGACUGGCGAAAUGUCUGUCAGCGACCAUGAAAACCGCAAAUCCCGCAGCAGCAUGGGCUCCGUCAACAUCUCACUCUUCCACAAGCCAUCCCAUGCUGAUGACAUGCUCGCACACCUCAAUGCGUUCCGCAAGGAGAGCACAUUCACGGACAUGACCCUACGGGCGGGGGGGCGCUUCUUCCCUUGCCACCGUGCCGUGCUGGCCGCCUGCAGCUGCUACUUUGAGGCCAUGUUUGGUGCGGGCCUCCGGGAGAGCCUGGACGGCGAAGUGGACUUCCGCGACAGUGUCCAUCCUGAGGUGCUGGAAGUGCUGCUGGACUUUGCCUACUCGUCAAGGGUCAUCAUUGACGAGGAGAACGCCGAGUCCCUGCUGGAGGUCGCAGACAUGCUACAGUUCCACGACGUCCGAGAUGCCGCCGCCGAGUUCCUUGAGAAGAACCUGCAUGUGUCCAACUGCCUGGGCAUGAUGUUGCUUUCAGAUGCCCACCAGUGCAGGCGGCUAUACGAGCUCUCCUGGAAGAUGUGCCUGCUGCACUUCGAAGCUGUGCGAGACACUGAGGACUUCUACAGCCUCUCCAAAGAUAAGCUCCUUGACCUGAUCCUCAGUGACGAGCUGGAGAUCGAGGACGAGCGGGUCGUGGUGGGUGCCGUCUUGCGAUGGGUGCGCCACGACCUGGACAACCGCAGGGGAGACUUUCCUGAGCUGCUGGGUGGCAUCCGUCUGGCACUGCUGCCCUCCGAGUGCCUCAUGGAGGCGGUGGCAUGUGAGGAACUGGUCAUGGCGGACAAGCGGAGCCGGCAGAUUGUCGAGGAAGCCAUGAGGUGCAAGAGGAGGAUCCUACAGAACGACGGCGUGGUCAUGAGCCCGUACGCCCGUCCCCGCAAGGCCGGCCACGCGCUACUAAUCCUGGGUGGCCAGACCUUCAUGUGCGACAAGAUCUACCAGGUGGACCACAAGGCCAAGCAAAUCAUCCCCAAGUCAGACUUUCCGAGUCCCCGGAAGGAGUUUAGCGCCAGCGCCAUUGGCUGCAAAGUCUACGUGACGGGGGGGAGGGGGUCUGAGAAUGGAGUCUCCAAGGACGUCUGGAUCUACGACACAGUACACGAAGAGUGGUCCAAAGGAGCCCCCAUGUUGAUUGCCCGCUUUGGGCAUGGCUCGGCAGAGCUGGAGAACUCACUGUACGUGGUGGGGGGGCACACGGCUACAGUGGGCGUAUUUCCCGCAUCGCCGUCGGUGUCACUGACGCAGGUGGAGCGAUACGACCCCAUGUCCAACAAGUGGGUGAUGACGGCCCCGCUGAUGGAUGGCGUCUGUAACGCCGCCGUGGUCAGCGCCAAGCUCAAGCUCUUUGUCUUCGGCGGUUCGGCCCUCCACAGGGAUGGCGCCCCCAAGGUGCAGUGCUACCACCCCACCGAGAACCGCUGGGCGGUGGCAGCCGAGUGCCCACAGCCAUGGCGAUACACGGCAGCCGCCGUCCUGGGCAGCCAGAUUUUCAUCAUGGGCGGGGACACCGAGUUCACGGCCGCAUGCGCCUACCGUUUUGACUGUGACAGCAGGCAGUGGACGCGCGUCGGAGACAUGACCUCCAAGCGGAUGAGCUGCCAUGCCGUGGCGUCCGGCAACAAGCUGUAUGUGGUGGGCGGCUACUUCGGGACUCAGCGCUGCAAGACGCUGGACUGCUACGACCCCACGUCGGACAGCUGGAACAGCAUCAGCACGGUACCGUACUCGCUGAUCCCCACCGCGUUCGUCAGCACCUGGAAGCAUUUGCCGUCCUAACAUGGAGAGGACCAUCUUAACCAUCUUAUUCGUACACAUUGGUGGCUUUUCCUGUGCAUGUUGAAUGCCAGUGAGGCGAUUCCCUGGUGUGACAACAUACAGAUACAUUAAAUGACCAAAGGUGGAUAGCUCCGGUCCAGAAAUUAAAAAUUUAAGAUUUUGUUUCAACCAACCAGUUGAGUACUUUGUGACUGUGAGACUGUGACUUUUUUAAAUUAAUUGGUUGGUUGAAACAAAAUGUUGGCCUGGAUUUUUACUUUCUGGAUCUGAACUAUUCCACCUCUGUAAAUGGCCCACAUGUUAUGCUGCUUUACAGACUGCAUAUCAGGAUUACCAAAAUGCCCAUUAAAAUGACGUACAGUGUAUUGUGCAGGGUGUCCCAUGUUUGUGCCUCCAGUGGAUAAACAUUUAUGGAAAAUGAAUGUAUGUAUGUAUGGAUGGGUGGAAGGUAACCUUAAAUAUCGAGUUAGAAAACAGUGUGAGGAAGAGGACAAAUGUUUACUUGAAAUCGGUCGACCUUUUGCUAGUUAUUGCGGAAGACUGGCAGUGAACCUUGCAGAGGCGGAUUCUGGAGUCUCUGACAAGGAUUUAUAUAAUCCAGAGAAAGAUCUCCAUCCGCUACGUGGGAUUACCUGUUUACCUCAAAGAGAGUCACAUUCCAGCUGGGAAAGUCCUCUGCAGAUCUGUUUCAGCCAGAGCCGGAAACAGAUCUGACGUGGGCUCUUUAAUACAGACCAGAGGGACCUCUCAUCUCUGCUGACAGAGUGACCCCGGAUCAAUAUCUGUCUGUCAAGUUCACAGCCACAAAGGGAGGAAUCGACCCCCCAGAAGCACAAUUCCUCAACUCUAUUGUAAUGCUUUGGCAUAGAAACGGAGAUUUACCCAUUAAAGAUACACAAUGGGACGUCCUUCCGGAAGAAGGUGCUCCGCUUAUCGCUUAUGAGGGACCUGACCUCUACUAAGCGAAUGUGCACCCUGGGUUAAAGGCUCACAGGCAACAAGUUCUUCAUUUACAUAAACAAAAGCAUUGCUCUCAACAAAGGCCUUCUGUACUAUUGAUUUAUGCGCGUUCAUUUCAGAAGAAACAGUUUCUUUUGAGAAAUCGGCCUAAUUCGUUCUGCACAGAUGGAAUCUAUAAAGGGAGAGAAUGCAGAACCCAAUUUAAACCUCCAGUGACUUUCCAUUUAUUAACUGUGUAGCUCGAAAGUAUGGAUUGA